AUGGACGGGGCUGAAACACCCACCUGCCUUAAUCCGGAUCCACAUGAAAAGAACAUUAAAGAUCACAUUCUCCAUUACCUCGGUUGUGUUAAGAUCUCAGACAGGAACAAAUUUCUCCAGACUCCGGCGUAUGUGCUGUCAGAUGAAGAGAUUGGAGCCACAUCUACCACGGCCCGGCCUAACGGCAGCCAACCAAACAAAGUCAUCGAUAAGCGGAAAGAGGCAUGGAGAGAAAACUGCCUGAGCGAGCUAAGACGUAUCGCCUUUCUGAGAUCCAAACUUGAAGAGGACGAAGAAGAAAAGCACCUCGUCGACAAUAUCAAGAACAGCCGUAGGGCAUGGGAAGAAUCAGAGCAAUACAGCAUCGGGAUUGCAGAGAUUGAGAAAUGGGAAUUCAAUUCUAAACCCUUCAAUAAGAUAGACAUCGACCCGAAGGUUGUGGGGCCCUAUGAGCCUGGCCGGGAUGUCACUACUCCUUUCAUGCUGUUCAAAAAGCAAGAUGAUGCCAACUCGGUGUAUGAGCCAGAUGAAGAGAAGGUGGAUCCAAAGAACUCUAUUUGGGGCAAGUUUCCGAAUCAAAAGACGAAUGUUCAGCGACUGCUGGUCGACAAAGAGGAUAUCGAGCACGGCAAAAGGAACCUUUUGGAUGGUAGGGGCGACGACGAGAGGAUUAGAUACUUUCACAUCCCGUCCAACAACAUGCUGAUGCCAUACUUGCACUGGGAGACUUCCAGGAACCAACAAAGAUUCUCUCAGAUUAUCGAGAACAUCGUGGACAACAAGAAAAGGGAGGACAGACAGACACAAAAGGUCGCCAGAAAGCUUAGACAAGUGGACAGAGAAACACUGACAAAACCCAAGCGCCCAAUACCUGUGGAUUCCCGUACAUAUUGGGAUAAGAUUCAGGAAUACUCCCAAGAACUGUCCCGAAUAAUUUCUGCGACGAAUCCGGACGAUGCGACUAGUGCUCAUGGGCACAGAAAGCCUCAACUUCACUUUGGACCUAUCCGUUCAAUGACUCAGCUGCUGAGGGCACAAGCCGUGAAAGAAAAGCUUAAUCUAUCUGGACAAUACCCGCAAGUUGACAAGAAUGGCCGCGUCGACUUAGAAACAUGGUUGGAGAAGCAGAGAAAACCUGAGAAGAAACGCUCUUGGUUCCGUCCAUUAAAGAAACAAGGUACAGACUCUGGAUACAGGUUAGGGCAGUAUCUCAUUGAUGCUGCUCGGCUAUUCGAAGCCAUGACAAGCUACCGCGACAGGAAGCUUCUGGAGACUUACCUCAUGAAAGAUCCGCCGAUGCAUCCCCGACGCACUCUGGACCAAGCUUACUACUGGUCAAUCAAUAAUACUAACCACAGAGAUCUUGAUCAGGUGGUUUAUCGUGCUACAACGGCUGACCCCAUCAAGUUUCAUCGGUGGAACGUGGACCGUUCAAUCUGGGCUGGUCAUAACCAUGAGGAAAACAAGACACCAAAGGAAUUGGAAGAGCUCAAACAUGAGCCCUGCUCAGAGUGUACUGCCAAUAUCCAAAAGGUUUCUCGAGUCAUAAUGGUCGAUCAGUUGUGGAUGUGGGUGCUGGACAAGAAGACCAUCAUCACUUGUUUCCCUAAACGCUACGGUGCCAACAAGCAUGACACUUCUGGUAUUCACAAAUCAAUUCGAAUGCGUAUUGAAGAGGGAGGGAUACGUAUCCGUUCCGUAUUUGAUCUAGCACUGGUCAUCUUUGAGGAAUGCUCUAAUACCUUCUUCGACCGCACUCGAACUGCAGACAAACAACCCCAAGUACUCGAUGAGUUCUCAGAGGCCAUUGGCAAUAUUAUGCACCAACAGACAGACGCCUUCGAAAAGCUCUGGAGGUGGACCGAGCGAGCAAGCAAAAUGUACCGCAGGCUACCCGGGGCAGGCGUGCUCUCCCAAUUGCACAUUCCCCUUCUGGAUAUCAACCCAGAAGGAAAGUUGGAAAAAGAGAUAAAGGACAUUGUAGAGGAGCUUGGAAUCAUGUCCUAUAUCAAGAAGGCAGAAAAGGAUGUUCUACAGUCCUUUGUGGAUAAUGCGCGCCAAGUUCUGAGACCCGAGGAGACAGGAGAAGUGUCAUUGCGUCCCCAAACCCCAGGUGGUGCUAAGCUUGAUGGUUAUUUUUCCACUCAGAGAGGAUAUGAGAGUCGAUCAAGAACCUCAUCGCCAGCGAAAGGCUCAAGGCCCUUUCAUCGGUCGAAAGAGGUUGAGGAAGCCAGAGCUGCAUACGAUUGGUUUUGCAACAAUGCCUUGGAGCUUCUCAAAAGAGUUGACCAGCGUAUUGCGCAGCUCGAAGAGCUUGCGAGGAGUGCAAAGUCGACUGCAGAAAUGGUCAAGGACCUGUUGGAACUCAAACAGCAGCAAGCUGGAGUGGUUCAGGCCUGGCAAUCAGUAGAAUACAGCAAUGAAGCCAUGAGACAGGGCAGAUCGAUCCUCGUUUUUACCAUCGUGACCAUCGUCUUUCUUCCAUUAUCAUUUAUGUCCAGCGUCUUCGGAAUGAACGCAAUAGAAUUAGGUGGCGGUGACAAUGUGAUGCAUUUAAGAGAUCAAUUCACAUAUAUCUUCUCAAUAUCGGUCGGCGUCAUUGUCUUGACUUUGUUAUUCUCCAUCAGCACGUCCUUCCGCACGUUUCUAUGGUGCAUCUUCAAGCAGUCAUACACCACGGUCCUCGUCUGGACCGGCGUGUACCGCAACAUCUACCUCAAGAUGAAUCUCACGACUGACGACAUGUAUGAGAAUGCGGUUAAAAAGACAGAGAAUUUGAAGGCCAAGGAGAAGGAGAAAUUUCUUAAGUCACGCCACCAGCGUAAGGAGCUAGAGGGAAGGAAGAAGCAGGCCUUGGCAGAGAGGAACGAAGAUGACCCCAACUCGAAGGGAAAUGGUUGGAAAGGUUGGGCUCGGUCCUUGUUUCGACCAAUAUCAGCACACGGAAGUGCAGACGACCGCCACCAGAACAAUUCUGGGGAGCUCGGGGCUAGUCAAGUGUAG